UACGAGGCUACGGGACUCGGAGAACAUCUGUACUGGUAUGCGUAGUCCUAUUUCCUCUUUACCGCUCGGACCGCCCAUCCGCACCACUUCGCAUCUCGACUCUCUAUCCUGUAGGAACAAUUCUCCGAGCUGACAGUUAUCUCGUAGGUCCCCCGAGAACACCCACCCUGUCUAACAAGAUCGUUCUUCCCGUCCUAUUCAGGAUGCCCAACCGAGCUCUUCCUCGACCCCUUCCGUGCUUUCGCACGGUGUCUCUGAUGAGGCUCAAACAUCUAAUUUCGGUUCUGCUUCUUCUGGUCAACAUUUAUUAAGGAUACAGGAUAUGUGCUACAAUCUCCACACUCAUGAGCGCCCUUGAUUUUGGACGAGCCAUCUCAAAAUCCCUAUUUACACUCUAUCUCUUCACGCACAAUGACAUUCUGACGACGAUCAUUCCAACGACACUUUUCGCACUGGUGUCAGCCCCCCUCUACAGCCCUUACCGAUGUGUUCAUGUGGUCUGGUGGAUUUGGCUUCACCUCCUUCAUUUCAAUGUUGCCAAUCAAGUGAUUGAUCCAGCAGAAGAUGGUAGGAACAAAGCUAGCCGACCAAUACCAGCGGGAUACAUCAGUUUACGAGAUGCGGUCUAUCUACGCUGGUCCUUGGUCCCCAUAUGCUUGGUAUCAUCAGCAUUCUACAGCAUCCAAGUGCUCAGUGCAAGCCUAGCGAUAACUCUGCUCACUCUUUGGUACAAUGAAUUCAAAGCCCAUAGUCAUUGGUUUUCAAAAAACUUGAUGACCGGCUUGGGAUAUGCUUGCUUCCAGGCUGGGGCCACCCUCAUUGCAGGUCGAGAUAUGUCACAGCUAGAGCCGAAUGCUCUCUUAGCUGUGCUGCUUAGCAUCGCUAUGUUCGCCACCACGCUCCAAGCGCAGGACUUCAAAGACCAGGAAGGAGAUCGCUCCAUAGGCAGACGAACGCUGCCGAUCGCACAUCCUUCUCCAGCUCGUGUGUCCAUGUUUGUAGGACUUCCGAUGUGGUCGAUUUGUCUUACUCAGGUCUGGAGGAUGGAUGCAUACUGUAGUGUCGCAUUCGUAUUGUAUUCGGGACUUGUCGGAUUACGAUUCAUGGUAUGCAAGACAACUCAGGCGGACCGUCUGUCGUGUCAGCUAUAUAGUGUGAGUUAUACUCUCAUCUGUGUAACUUCGGCCUGACUAAGUACUUUCCGAAGCUUUGGUUUUCUGUUGCACAUCUGCUUCCUGGUUACUGGCGUUACUUCCAUGAAGCCCGCAUACAUAUAUCAUAGUGUUUACUGAACUGGAGGCUUGAUCCAAGAACUUUUCACUCUGGACUUAUGGUCGUCACAAUUUGUUACAUCAAUCAAACAUACGGACCAUUUUUGUUGUACACAUGUACUGGUCCCUGAUACAUUUAUGUAUUAUUUAUUGGCUUGGAUGGCAUUCUGUACCUUCUUUGUAGCUAAAUCGCUGACCAGAAAUACGUAGGCCGAUAUCUCUAGUACUACCAACUACAUACAUACACUGUCCACAUCAAGCGAGCCGUCAUCACUGUGCGCUGGUGGUAACCCGAG